UAGUCAAAUUGCAAUGUUUUCAUUUUAAAUCGUAAUUCAUAAUAGCGGCGUAGUUUCAUUUUGGAAUUUUCAAUAAUUAUAAGAAAAAAUACACAUUAAAUAUUCUAGGGUGGACAAGUGGUAUAGUUAAAUAUUAUUAAAAUAUGGAGGAGGUUCCGAAGCCAGUAUGUCUAAUAAUAUUAGGUAUGGCGGGCGCAGGAAAAACAUCUUUCACAAAACGGCUAUCCAGUAAAAUUGUAAAUGGUUCAAGACCAUAUUUAGUCAAUUUAGACCCAGCUUGUCGUGAAGUUCCAUACCCUGCUAACAUAGAUAUAAGGGAUACUGUAAAUUAUAAAGAGGUAAUGAAACAGUAUGGUCUUGGACCAAAUGGUGGCAUUGUGACUGCACUUAAUUUGUUUUCGACCAAGUUUGGACAAGUUGUAGACUUGAUUGAGAAAGCUGGAAAAAAACAUAAAUACUGUAUAAUUGAUACACCAGGUCAAAUAGAGGUAUUUACAUGGUCAGCGUCAGGCACAAUUGUGACGGAGACAUUAGCAUCAUCCUGUCCUACAGUUGUCGUAUAUGUUAUGGACACAGUGCGGAGUGUUUCUCCGGUCACAUUUAUGUCCAAUAUGCUGUAUGCCUGCUCUAUAUUAUAUAAGACAAGAUUACCAUUUAUCGUUGUUAUGAACAAGACAGAUGUGGUAGACAAUAACUAUGCAGUAGAAUGGAUGAGAGACUUUGAAGCGUUCCAAGAGGCAUUGGACGCGGAUGGUGAUGGAGAAGGCAGCUCAUACAUUGGCAAUCUGACAAGGUCCAUGGCAUUAGCACUUGACGCUUUCUAUACGGACCUGCGCUGCUGUGGGGUUAGCGCACACACAGGAGAUGGUAUCGAUGAAUUCUUCAAAUUAGUUGAUGAUGCUGCUGAAGAAUACGAGAAAGAAUACAAAGCUGAUUGGUUGAAAAUGCGUGCAGAGAAAUUAGAAGAACAAAAAAAUGAGGAAAAAUUAAAAAUAGGUGGUAAAGAUGAUACAGAUACAGUAAUAGACAAAAAUAAACUUAUAGAGGAAGUGCCGGCCGGUCGGGAGAUAAGUGAUAUGUAUUUGAAGCACCCCGGCAACGACAGCUCCAGCGACGACGAGGGUGUCGAGACGCAGCAGCCCGAGACAGAUGACAAGAGUGAAGAUGUUGCCGCAUUCCAAGAUUUUUUCAUGAAGUAUGUUAAGCAUAACAAUGAAAGUAAAACUUGAAAUAAAUAUGACCUUUUUUUAUAAUAA